CCGCGCCUCUCGGAACUAUGAAAACAUUCCUGUUAACGAUACCUUAUCUAUUAUACUUAGUAAAUGCUAAACUGCUCAGCAAGAUCGCCGUUGAGAAAAACGUAGCAGAAGACUUCGACAGGAAAAUAUCGUCUUCCAAAGAAGACGGCCGCUAUAGCAACAUCGCAUAUUUAUGUACCAAAAAUAUUCGCAAUCCGAGACUUUCUAAUGAAAACACCGUGAAACCUAUCAACGUAACGAAAUUGGAAACUCAAAUUAAACCGAAGGUCACUCUCCUUAAAAAGCCGAUCCCAAAGUUCACAUAUACCGGAAGCGAGGAGGAUUAUCUAGCUAAAACGAGAUUUAUGAAUAGGUUCCCAGAUUCUAUCGAACACGAAGAUGAAGACUUCAGCGUUGAUGAUUAUGACUUUGACGUGAAUCACGAUGAGUUUGCCGGAAGAGGUAAACCCCUGGAAUCGAGAGUAAGAGUGAAAGUGGUCAGACAACGACUAAAAGGAAACCCACCCAAAAUAGAAAAAUCGCGUCCGACACCUGUUCUUAGCCAGAUUAAAGUUUUGCCGCACAACGAAGGUAAGCCGUCGAUUAAAUUAACGAGAAAAGCAGUCGCAGAUAAAAUGAAAGAAGAAGAGUAUGAUGAUGAAUUCGCUACGGGAGCUAAAUCAGUAGAAAUCAAUAAAAUAUCUAUCACCACGGGCAAUCUUGUCAGUGACGAGAAUGAAGACAGCAAGGAUGAUAAAUUCAAACAAACUCUUAGAACGGCGAGAUUAUCUCCGUUGAGUUUUGACACGUAUGCGGAUAAAUUAGGAGAAAAAAGUCCCGGCUUUAUGUUUAAAGCAUUGUCAUAUUUACCUCUGUUUUCCCUGUCAUAUUCAUCAUUGGAAAAAUUAAACGAAGAUGUAAUCGCCAACAAUUAGCCUGGAGUUACUCGUAGAUAAAGCCUACAUCGCGUAAUACCUAUAUAUCUGGAUAAAGAUUCAGAAGACCAGAAACCUUUCGGAUAAUAUAAUGGUGGUAAACAGUUGGGUUCAUUAUCUUAAUUUUAUUACAAAAAAAUAUAUAAAAUCUUUAAAUAUUGUAGUAGGUACCCACUUAGGACAUGCAAU